CUCCCAGUAAAAACCAAAGUCAUAGUACGAGUAAUCGUAAGGGCGAGAGUGUAGGCCGUCAAGCCAACAUUCUCGCCUCCGCAUACUGCGUCGACCGUUCAGCGUCUCUGUCUGGCUUCCACUACUCCACUACCGGCGCCGGCGGGGCAAAGUGGUAUCCCUGAGGUCGCCUCGGGAAUCCCCUCCCCACCGUCAAGCCCCCCUCUUGCGGCACUGACCUCGGCCAACGAACUUGCGCUCAUCAAGAACCCGACCCGAAAGCGCGAUACCGAUGGCAAGAGAAAAAGCCGUAAAGAGGGGGCAGCGUACCACAUCCGGGAAGAGUGUGAGAGACUCUUCUGCGAGACCAUAAAAGGUGUUUUCCUUGGUGAAGAAGGACAGACAUUGAGUAAUGGCUCAAUCGGCAUGGGUGCGAACGCACAUUCACCUCCCGACGAGGUUGUGAGUGGGCUUAACAACUAUUUUCCAAGAUGGUCGGGUCAGCCAAUUGACGCUUGGAUUGAAGUCUGGGACUAUACAAGUGGAUCCAGUUUCCGAGGAUUUGUGGGAGGCAAUGGAGACACGAAAUCUCUAUUCGCAUUCUUUGAUUCUUCGGUCGUUGGAAGAGAGCAGAAACAAGGUCUCAUGGCACUUAUCGAGCUGGCUGAAACGGUCUUUGCAGUUACCCAAGUAGUCAUCUGCUUGGACCGUUCUAUUUCGGAGGUUGAUCGCAAAGCCUUCAUGAAGAACCUUCGCUGGGUCGGAUUCGAGGCAAUCACUUUCGAUAAGUGGGCCAAUGCGCUCGAUGUUACUAGUGAUAAGUGGCUAUUCUUGGGCAUGGAAAUAUGAUUGCAACUUCGGCGUUGGCGUAUGGGGCAUCAAAUAAGCAGGGAACAGGAAAAUAUGGUCAAUGGUCAAAAGCUUAGCCUUGGUACUUGGCGGGCGUGAUCACUGAACUCUUAGGAUGCUUGUACCUAGGGCAAAUCGCGUUGCUAAUUAAUACACAUUCGUCUUGG